CUCGCUCUCCGGGCGGCUCUCUCUUCCCCAUUUCGCUGCUUUGUUUUCAUCGUCGCUCCUCUGAUCAUGGCUGCCCAUUCUGCAGAAGAACCGUUCCCCUUCCACGGACUGCUUCCCAAAAAAGAAACUGGAGCCACGUCUUAUCUCACCAGGUUCCCCGAGUACGAUGGCCGAGGAGUGCUCAUCGCUAUCCUGGACACCGGCGUGGAUCCCGGAGCCCCCGGCAUGCAGGUCACAACUGAAGGGAAGCCAAAGAUUGUCGACAUCAUCGAUACAACAGGCAGCGGUGACGUGAAUAUGACCACGUUGGCAGAACCUAAAGAUGGGACAAUCACUGGCCUCUCUGGUACAACACUUAAGAUCCCACCUUCCUGGGUCAAUCCAUCAGGGAAGUAUCGCAUUGGAGUUAAAAAUGGCUAUGAGUUCUUCCCUAAGGCUCUAAAAGAAAGAAUACAGAAAGAGCGAAAGGAGAAGUUGUGGGACCCACCACACCGAGCAGCACUAGCUGAGGUCUCACGCAAAACCGAAGAGUUUGACCUCGCUCACCCAACACCCUCACAGAUGGAGAAGUUGCAGAAAGAAGAGCUGCAGAGUCAGUCAGAGCUGCUGGCUUCACUAGAAAAGAAGUACAGUGACCCUGGUCCUGUAUAUGACUGUGUGCUUUGGCAUGACGGAUUCACAUGGAGGGCUGUGGUUGACACUUCAGAGAGUGGAGACCUGCCCCAGUGCACAGUGCUGAGCCCCUACAAAGAGUCGCAAGAGUAUGCCACGUUGGGAAAUGCUGAGAUGCUUAACUACUCUGUUAAUAUUUAUGAUGAGGGAAACACACUCUGCAUCGUCACCAGUGGAGGGGCUCAUGGGACACACGUGGCAAGCAUCGCAGCAGGUUACUUCCCAGAGGAUCCUGAGCGCAACGGCGUGUCCCCCGGAGCCCAAAUCCUGGCUAUUAAGAUUGGAGACACCCGCCUCAGCACAAUGGAAACAGGCACUGGACUCAUCCGCGCGAUGAUUGAAGUCAUCAACUACAAGUGUGACCUGGUUAACUACAGCUACGGGGAAGCCACCCACUGGCCUAAUACAGGGAGGAUUUGUGAGGUGAUCACAGAGGCUGUGCAGAAGCACAAUGUGAUAUUUGUUUCAAGUGCAGGAAACAACGGUCCGUGCCUUUCCACGGUCGGCUGCCCAGGAGGAACCACCAGCAGUGUCAUAGGAGUUGGAGCAUAUGUGACUCCAGACAUGAUGGUGGCCGAGUAUUCCCUGAGAGAGAAGCUGCCUCCCAACCAGUACACCUGGUCAUCAAGGGGCCCCAGCACAGACGGGGCCCUGGGGGUCAGCAUCAGUGCCCCAGGCGGGGCCAUUGCAUCUGUACCCAACUGGACACUUCGUGGUACACAGCUAAUGAACGGCACUUCCAUGUCGUCCCCUAAUGCCUGUGGCGGCAUCGCACUCAUCCUCUCAGGAUUAAAGCAGAAUGGUAUCCCUCCCUCUGUUCCUGCGGUGAGGAGGGCGCUGGAGCACACAGCUUUGAAGAUCGAUGACAUCGAGGUGUUUGCACAAGGCCAUGGAAUAAUCCAGGUGGAUAAGGCUUUAGACUACCUCACUCAACACGCCUCUUUACCCACAAGCCAACUAGGCUUCUCAGUAAGUGUGGGAUCACAGAGAGGCAUCUACCUCAGGGACCCAGCCCAUGUUCUCGCACCUUCAGAUCACGGAGUAGGAAUUGAACCAAUCUUCCCAGAAAACACAGGGAACCCUGAGCGAAUCUCCUUGCAGCUACACUUAGCGCUGACAUGUGCCGCCCCGUGGGUCCAGUGCCCCACCCAUCUAGAGCUGAUGAACCAGUGUCGCCAUGUGAACGUCCGCGUCGAUCCUGUGGGGCUGAGAGAGGGAGUGCACUACACAGAGGUGUGUGGGUAUGAUACAUCAGCACCUAGCUGUGGACCUCUUUUCAGAGUCCCAAUCACAGUUAUAAUCCCUGCCAAAGUGACAGAUAGUCGUAAUCCAGAGGUGUGUUUCACAGACGUGCACUUCAGACCGGGUCAGAUCAGACGCCACUUCAUCACUGUUCCUCAGGGAGCCUCCUGGGCAGAGAUCACGCUGACCUCUCAUUCGGGAGACGUGUCCUCAAAGUUUGUUCUCCAUGCGGUGCACCUGGUCAAACAGAAGGCGUACCGAGCUAAUGAAUUCUACAAGUUCUCCUCACUGUUGGAAAGGGGCUCACUAAUUGAAGCUUUCCCUGUGCUGUCUGGCAGGAUAGUAGAGUUUUGUAUUGCACGCUGGUGGGCAAGCCUGGGAGACGUCACCGUGGACUACAGCAUCUCGUUCCAUGGACUCCACACUUCCCCUUCACCCCUGCACAUAAAUGCCUCGGAGGGAGUGACGAGUUUUGAUGUGUCGUCACCUCUGAGGUACGAGGAGGUGUCCCCCACUAUCACCCUUAAGUCCUGGGUUCAGCCUCUCAGGCCCUUAAAUUCAAAGAUAAAAGCCCUGGGAUUGAGGGACGUUCUGCCAAACAACAGACAACUCUAUGAGAUUGUCCUCACCUAUAGCUUUCACCAGCCGAAGAGUGGAGAGGUCACCCCCAGCUGUCCCAUGCUGUGUGAGCUGCUGUAUGAGUCUGAGUUUGACAGUCAGCUCUGGAUGCUAUACGACCAGAACAAGAGACUACUGGGCUCUGGGGAUGCCUACCCACACCAGUAUUCUCUGAAGCUGGAAAAGGGGGACUACACCGUGCGUCUGCAGGUCCGCCACGAGCAGUCCAGUGAGCUGGAGCGCCUUAAGGACCUUCCGUUUGUGGUGUCCCACCGUCUGUCCACCACUCUCAGUCUGGAUGUCUACGAGUCGCACCGCGCUGCCCUCAUGGCCAAGAAGAAGGCAAACUCUCUCACCCUCUGCCCGGGCGCCACUCAGCCCUUCUACAUCACAGCUCUGCCAGACGACAAGGUCCCAAAGGGGACGAGUCCAGGAUGCUAUCUUUCAGGUUCUCUGGUUGUUCCCAAGAGCGAGUAUGGCAAGAAAGCAGGGCAGGCCUCUGCAAAACGACAAGGGAAGUUUAAAAAGGAUGUCGUUCCAAUCGUGUACCACUUAAUUCCUGCUCCCAACAAAACAAAGAACGGAGGGAAGGAGAAGGACAAGGAAGCAGACAAAGAGAAGGACGUGAAGGAGGAGUUUGCAGAAGCUAUGAGAGACAUGAAGAUUCAGUGGAUGACAAAGUUGGACACCAGCGCCAUCUAUGAUGAAUUGAGGGAAAACUACCUAGAUUACCUCCCCCUGCACGUGCAAAGACUGCACCAGCUGGACUCUGAAAAGGAGCGCGCCAAACGUCUGAAGGAGGUUGUGUCUGCUGCCGACAUCGUCAUCUCCCACAUCGACCAGACGGCCCUGGCUGUUUACCUCACCUUGAAGACUGACCCUCGGCCUGAUGCCGCCACAAUCAAGACGGACAUGGAGAAGCAGAAGUCCUCUCUGCUGGACGCUCUGUGCAGGAAGGGCUGCGCUCAGGCCGACCAGCUCCUGCUGCCCCCCCCGCCGCAGGAGGGGGCCGCUGCAGUCUCCACGGGAACACCACCACCACCACCACCACCACCACCACCAGCAGCAGCAGUAGAAGAAGAAGAAGAAGAAGAGGGGAUACUGGAACAGGUGGCCAGCAGCUCUGAUGACACAGUGUACUGCGUGGUGAAAGCGUUGACAGAAACGUUUUGGGAGGUGCAGAAGUGGGCGGAGCUAACUGACUCCAAGGUGUUGAUGUUUUCAUACAAACACGCUCUUGUGAACAAGAUGUACGGCCGAGCUUUAAAAUAUGCCUCAAAGAUGGUGGAGGAGAAGCCCAGCAAAGACAACAUGAAGAACUGCAUCCAGCUGAUGCGACACCUCCGAUGGAGCCACUGCGCCACCUUCAGUGAGAACUGGCUCCCUGUCAUGUACCCCGCAGAAUACACAGCUUUCUAGGCACAGACGCACAUGCAUGCACCAGCAGCACAGUCCAUUACAUGGUAACUUGAAUAUCAUGCCCCUCAGGGUCACAUGGUCUAUGCAUCUGGGUUUUCAAAUAUAGAUGUAGAGGGACACCUAAAUGAAGGAUAACGGAGUGUGAACGGUUAGAGGCACUCGACACCUUAUAAGGCGAGAGGGGAUCACGCUCGUCCUGUCUUUAAAUGUCUUGUCAUCACAGACAAAACAAAUCAUUCAGUUUAUAUUUUUUAAAUGUUUUAAACCGUUGCCAAGGCUUGAUGAUACCGUAGCUCGGUGCUUUCUGAGUUGGCUGUUGUCCUUUUUAUUUUGGUGUCAGAUACACAUUUAGAGGCUUUCACAUCCCGCUCGUCGUCAGCUCACCGCACUCCAUAUCACAUAGGUAACCUCAUUCACUGCAUAUCACAUAGGUCACCUCGUUCUCUCAUGUAAAUAUUGAAAAAGGCCAGUGCGGACUCCAGGGACGCACUCGAAGCCUUUUACAGAAGAAAAUAAAGAAAUGACGAUCUACUCACUUUCAAAAUGGACAGCAGAAAAACUGGCCGUUAUGAUACUUAGAAGACAGGAGGACUUGCUGCUGCACGAUGUUCGGACAUACGAGGUCACACACAGUCUGACCUAUCCCUGAAAUAAAAGGGAGUCAGAACUUGAACACUUCUUCUUUUGUUUUUUGACUGUUUCAGCCAGGCCUGGUUGAUAAAGUUGUCUCGUCUGUCUCUUUAGGCUCUCACUUGAGUACACAACACAAUAUUAAGGGUGCCUUUCUACAUGUACCUUACCCUUUUUUUCAGUUGAGAUAAAAACAGUGCAAGGCUGCAGAAUCAGUAGCGUCUGCAAACAAUAAUUUUACCCAUCAUCCUUUGUUGUCAAAUGUGUUUUUAAACUCAUCUAUCUGCAGUAUGCCGUGCCCGUGCAGGCCGUCAGUGACUUGUCAGCCAAUAGGAAGCCACAAACACUUUCAGGGCAUCAUAUGUGUGUGCCCCCCCCACUCCAUACUGCAGGUACCUGAGCAGCACAUUUGAAAAACUUUAUUUACAGACCUCACUCGCAUCACAAAUGCAGUUUAGAGAGAGCGGAAGGAUGUCCACAUUUCAAUGUAAAAUGUUCACGCAGUAUUAGAUGUUUUUCUGCAGCAUUCACAAUGUUGCACUUGUACACAGUGUCAUAAAAUAAUGUACAUACACACAUAACGUAAACAAAUAUAAAAAUGCAAUAGGUAUAUACAACAAAUAUUAUUCUAAUUGAUGUAUUUUGCAUAUAUGCAUGUCUUCUAAGGUGUAAGAAGGAACAAUGGUUUGUUUGGAUGCAGAUUUUAGUUUGUUUCAAUUAGAAAGGUUUUUAAACAUGAUUCUGAUGAUAAUCCACUGUUUGUUGUUUUCAUGAGUGUGUGUUUGUGAAUGACUGUGUUACUUGUGAGCAUAUCUUUGUGUACAUGAACAUGUUCUCCCUACAGAACUGAUGGUAGCCAAUAGGAGGAGGUUAAGCAUGGAUUUGUUUUUUGUUUGUUCUCUGAUACCUUAUUUACUUAAAAGGACUGUGCCAGUGGUUUUGUAUGUUUUAUUAGCUUUUAAAAAAAUAUAUGGCUAGCAAUUUAACACAGGAAUUUUUGUUAUGUUUAAUGGGUUUUCUCAACCAACUGUUUCUUUUAGGAGACUUUUCAAACUCUCAUAGUGAACACCAAGUCUGCAUUAAAGGCCCUUAAACAACA